UGGUAAUUUUCUAUUCGAUCGAUUUUAUGGUCCUACAAGAAUAAUUCACAAGGAUUUCUAACGAACUAUAAAGUUCCUUUCCAAAGGAAAAACAAAAGAAAAUGACCAAAGAGAAACAAACAUAAAUUGAAAAACGUCAAAUUUGUAGAAGAACAAUGGCAAACAUCGCAUGCAUACAAGUGCAUUCAAUUUAUUGCAUGUUUGCAAAUAACUACAUGUUACUUGCGUAACAGGAAAAAUUCAUGCAGUUAUUAAAUCUACAUCAUCUGAUAAAUAAAAAAUAAACAAGAAACCGUUAUACAUAAUUCAGAUUUCAUGACGAUUCGAAUGCGAUAAUUCUUUGAACUUGAAUCUCACGGAACGCUUCAAUUCGACAAAGAAAUCGUUCUAUCAAAAAAAGAAGCCGUUUCCAUUUUAAUUAACACAAAGCUGAUCAAAAUUUUUCCUAGUAAAAAAAACGGGAGGAUUGUUGAUCGUUUCUGACUACAUCCUCGAUCAGACCUGGAUUUGGGCCUGAUCCGGCGCAAGCUAAAUCCGACACACUUGAACAAAUUUCUACUCGGGGACAUCUCUUGAAGAAGGCCAUCCUCCUCAUCGUAUCGGUUACAUCGUCCUUCGAUAUGCAAGAGAGUCGGCAUGCGUGAAGACGAGAAAACUGAACAACGAGCGGGUCCGACCGAAAUGGCAGUCUCCGAGCACGGGAAAAGAAAUGAUGACAAAACAUCAGUUACGGAUGAAGAAGUAUAUAUUUCUAAACUUCGACAAGCAAUACCACAAUGUUGCGCAGUUGGCGCCAAAAAUUUACUUCUGCUUACUUUCGGUACAACCUUGGGAUUCUCAACUAUCCUUAUCCCGGCAUUACAAAAGGAGGAUUCGGACAUCAAAGUCACGAUGGAAGAAUUAACUUGGAUCAGCAGCCUGAACUUAUUUCUUGUGCCAAUCGGCUGCUUAGCGAGCGGACCGGUGUCGCAGUAUUUGGGAAGAAAACGAACAAUGAUGCUGGCAAAUAUACCGUUCGUUGUAGCUUGGCUGAUAUUUUACUACUCCACCAAUCCCGGAAUGUUGCUUGCGGCGCUCGCGAUGACGGGCCUGACAGGAGGCCUUCUCGAAGGUCCAGUUAUAACUUAUGUCGCCGAGGUGACGCAACCCUAUCUGCGAGGGAUGCUCUCUGCGACUUCCUCGAUGUCGGUGAUCCUGGGUAUCUUCACACAAAUGUUGAGCGGCAGUUUGGUCCAUUGGAGAACGGUGGCGAUGAUCAAUCUGAUUUAUCCGAUUCUUUGUUUUCUCGCUUUAUGCUUGGUGCCCGAAAGUCCACACUGGCUCGCCGUUAAGGGUCGUCUCAAGGAAUCAGAACAUGCUCUCUGCUGGUUACGGGGUUGGGUAAACCCAUCUUACGUGCAUAAUGAAUUUGGAGCGCUUUGCGAGGCGAUUCAAAAGCCCGAUAAUACCGGCUCUGAAAAAGAAAAAAUUUGGCAAGCCUACACGGAUCGAACUUUCUACCAGCCUUUCUUUUUGGUCAGCGCGGCAUUCUUUAUCAGUAACUUCGGCGGCUGCACGACCCUGCAGACCUUCGCCGUUAUAAUAUUCGCGAAAUUGAACGCGCCGAUCGACAAAUACACUGCCACGGUAUUCCUGGGCGUAGCCCAGUUAAUAGGCAUCACAAUCUGCGUAUUGACGAUCCACCUUAUGGGAAAACGCAAGCUGUCCUUCCUUUCGGUCGGCGGUACCGGAUUAUGCUUCCUCACUACCGCUAUCUAUGGUUAUUUGAACGAUGCAGAUUACUUGGACGGGGUCAAAUACAGCUGGAUACCUACUACCUUCAUGAUAAGCGGUGCUUUUAUGUCAAACAUUUGCAUCAGGACGCUGCCUUGGAUUCUCGCUGGAGAGGUGUUCCCCGUAAAAGUACGCAGCAGCGCAACCGGCGCGGCUGGUAUGAUUGCCUAUAUCAUGGCGUCGAUCGCGAAUAAAACCUUCCUCUACAUGGAGAACAGCAUGUCGCUGCCCGGGACGAUUUUCUUCUACUCUAUGAUUAAUCUUGUUGGUUUGUGUCUACUAUACAUGAUAUUACCCGAGACCGAGGGUAGAACUUUACAAGAAAUCGAGGAGCAUUACGCCGGUAUACAGAACUUGAAGGAUCGACCGAGGAAGGAUCAAAAGGCCACCAAGGAAAAAUGGGCAAUCGAGAAUCCAGCAAUCGUACACGAUGAGAGUACCGAAAGUAAAUUGUAGGUCUAAAACCGGCUAGCAACUCUUUCGCGAAUUAAACUACAUUAUUAACUAUAUUAUUGCAUUUUGAACUCUUUUCACGAUAAAAUUAUUUCGAAAAAAAU